AUGGCGGACACUGCCACAGAGCCGCUGCCGAACGGCAACGCGGCGGCCGAGGAGGAGGAGAGACUGAAGCAGCGUCCAGCAGACAUUGACGCUGAUGUCCGCGAAAUGGAGCGCCGCAAGCGCGUGGAAGCGCUCAUGUCCUCCAAGCUGUUCCGCGAGGAGCUGGAGCGUGUGCUGGACCAGCAGAUGCACGAGGGAGGCGACGCGCCGCUGCUGCAGCGCAUACGGGAGAUGGUCGGCGGCAGGCUGCACACCGGCACCUUCAGGAGCCCCAGCUGCGUGCUUCCCAUCAACGACAUCCGCGGCAUCGAGGGCUUCGGCUACGAGAAGGGCGAGAAGAUCCUCCGCUGCAAGCUGGCGGCUUGCUACCGUCUGGUAGACCUGUUCGGGUGGACCCAGACCGGCAUCAACGGCCAAAUCACCGCCCGUCUCAACACCGCCGUGGAGCAAGUCCUGACCACUCCUCGCGGGCUACUCCCUCAUGAGGUCACCGCCUCGUCGCUGGUGAAGGUCGACAUGCAGGGCGUGGUCCAGGACCAGGGGACCACCAAUUUCCCUGUGAACGUUGAAGGGUUCUCCCUGCACGCGGCGGUGCACGCGGCGCGGCCCGACCUGCGCUGCGUGCUGCACCUGCGCGCGCCCGCCGCGCUCGCCGUGUCCAGCGCGCGCCGCGGCCUGCUGCCGCUCGGACACGAGGCGGCGCUGCUGGGACCGCUCGCCUACCACAGCGUGCCGCCCGGUCUCUUGGACAACGAGGAGCACGAGAAAAUGGUACGCGCCCUGGGACCCUCGGCCAAGGUGCUCAUGCUGAGCGGCGCCGGUGCCCUUUGCUGCGGAGCGUCACUCGAGGAGGCCUUCCACCACGCCAGGCAGCUGACUGCCGCUUGCGAGGUCCAGCUGCGCCUGGCAGCUGUUCCUCAGGAUGAUCUGCAUCUGCUGGAUGAAGAGACUAGGCAUAAGAUCUACACGCAGUCCCGGGCGGCGCCGGCGGGCGACGCCAAGUGGCGCGUGGGCGGCGAGGAGUUCGAGGCGCUCAUGCGCAUGCUCGACAACGCCGGCUUCCGCACCGGCUACAUCUACCGCCACCCGCUCAUCAAGAACGAGGUUCCGAAACCCAAGAACGACGUGGAAGUGCCGCCGGCGGUCUCCUCCCUGGGGUACCUGCUUGAAGAAGAGGAGCUCUACCGACAAGGCAUCUGGAAGAAGGGCAGCGGCAAGGUCGGCGAGCGCACCCGCUGGCUCAACUCUCCCAACGUCUACCAGAAGGUCGAGGUCCUGGAGACAGGCACCAACGACCCCAAGAAGAUCACCAAGUGGGUCGACGCUAACAACGAAGAGUGGGUGCAAGAUGGCUCGCCCGCGCACUCGAGCACGCCCGUCAAAAUUGACACCCUACAGUUUGUGCCUAAGAACACCAACCCUAAGGAGUUCAAGGCACUCCAGCAGCAGAUCAAGGACAACCGCCGCGCGGAUAAGAUCAGCGCCGGACCUCAGUCUCAUAUCCUCGAGGGCGUCACUUGGGACGAGGCUAGUAAGCUGGUAGGCGAGGAUGCCGUCAACACACACACCGGGGACCAUGUGGUCCUAAUGGGAGCAGCGUCCAAGGGCAUCAUACAGCGCGGUCACCAGCAUAACGCGACCGUGUACAGCGCGCCUUACGCGCGCAACCCGUUCGAACACGUCACGGACAGCGACAUCGACGAAUACAAGCGUCAGGUGGAGCGCCGCGCCCGCCCCGACUACGACACGGACCUGUCGGAGUCGGAGGCGAUCAGCGCCGCGCAGAUCACGUCGCCUGCCAGCGCCACCGAGACCGAGGAGGAGUCGCGGGACGAGCACCGCGUCCUAAGAAUAGAGACGAAGCAAGUGCCGGUGAGGAGUCAGCCAGAGGUCGUGUUGAGCGAUGUGGACACGACAGACUUUCUGCAUGCCGAGCGGUCACAUGCCGAUCGGACCCGAGGCUCAAUUCCCAAAGAGCGGGACCCAAACCUCUUGUCCGAUGACGAGGUGUUCCUGGACUCGCCUGUCGGGUCCACCGCCUCCUCGGCCGUGACGUCACCAGCUCCGCCCGUCACUCCCGUGACCGUCGUCCGCGUGCAGGCUGGGGUCGUUAGAGGCGAGCACACCGUCAACGGGGACCACUCUGACGCCCACCAGAGCACUUUCUCCCACAGCAGUAAAGAAGGCUCCCCAUCCAAGGAGGUGUCGACAGAGGAGUCCCCCAAGAAGGACAAGAAGAAGAAGAAGGGGCUGCGGACGCCGUCCUUCCUCAAGAAGAAGAAGGAGAAGAAGAAGGACAAGGCGCAGCCCGCCUAGAGAGAUAAAAUUACUACAAAUCACUGCCAUCUCGCUUUCAAGAUACUUGUAAUUUUUUAAAGUAAGGCGCGAGCCUGCCGGCAUUGUGAGUGGCUUCCGCUUAAGAGGGCCACGCGAUUCUCCCGAACUCAUAUUUACAAUUACACACAUCACCAAAAAUAUUUUGAGAAUCUGACAUUUCUUCAAUACUAUUUGGAGCAUUCCAUGAAAUAGUAUACCGCUGUUCUAAGAUUUGCAGGUAUAUGGUUUUUUUCUGUUACAACGGAUGUAAAAAAUGCUCAGUAAAGUAAUCAUUGACUCGACGGUGACAAAACCGGUGUUAUACGAAAUAAAAUGCAUUUGUACGGGAGAGCUUUUGGAAUGCCCCAUUUGGGCUUAAAAAUUCACCAUGAGAUGAAAAAUGUAACUAGUGCGAAACCGGUAUUUUUUCACGUAAACCGGAUUGUCAUUCGUUUACAACGGAUAAACCGGUUAAACUAGCCUUGGAUUGGUGCUCAAAUAAAACAGUGUCAGAUUUUUCUAAUAUUAUUGCGGUGAAUGAGCAAAAUGCCACCUCGAUUAUAAUUGUCUCGUAAUAACCAUACUUUUUGUUCUUGUAAAGUUGUAAUAAGAUUAUGAGUUAUGACGAUGCUCAUCAAAAAUAUUUGGAAAUCGUUUACCUAUUUGUUGUUUAUUACGAAAAAUAUAAUAUAAUAAUAUGUGAGGCGAUAUAAGGUUUAAAAUUGUGAAUGUUGUAUUCGGGAGCUAUCGUGUGACAGUUUCGAAAUGUAAUAGUAUGAACAAUUUGACAAUUAAAUAAUAUAUUUGUUUUGAGCGUACAAAGUUCAAGAUUUACUUUGUGAAUAAUGGGAUAUAUCUAACACUGCCUAAAUAUACUGAUAGUGAUAAAUGUCAUAUUGUUUUGACUAGACGCAUAACUUGUGUAAAGAUACUUGCCGUGUUUUGACAGUGGAACAACAUAUUGACAAUUGUCAAUCCUUGCAACAGUUGUAUGAGAGAUGACACUCGCAACUUUUGCAAACAGGCUUGACAUGUGUCAAAACGUCAGCGAUACAUGAAGCUGAACCGGUAGAUAAAACCGGUUUUGCACACAGCGACAUCUAUGUUUACAGAAGUGAACUAAAGCCCGAUGUUUUUAUUUAUUUGGACGAUUUCAUUUGACAAAAUUUCACUUGCCAACUAUGGUCCUUUUUUGAUAUGGUUUGAAGAACAAUAAUAUUUUUUUAAUUACUUAAAACACUUUUUUUUACUAGCGCACUUACCAGCUAUGUUUAAAUUAGAGAAUACAACCUGGUAAAUGUUAUUGAAAUUACUGGUAAACCGGUAAAUAACCGGAUUUUCUGAUACUUAAUAUUUACCGGUUGCAUUCCCUAGUUAAAAUAUAUCCCAGCCGUCUAAAUAUAUAUACAUCUUCCCGACAUCUUAGAAUUAUAUACAUAUUAUAUAUAUUCGGGAAUGAUGAAAUAUUUGGGACAACGCUUAGAUAUUUUUAUGGCUGUAAUUUAAGAAAUACAGUAAUAUAUUAUGACUUUGGCAUUCGCCUCUGUAACCCACCGUUAUUACUAAAGUGCAAUAAAAUAUGUAUAUGUAAAUUGUAUUUUUUAAAGAUAUAUUUUUAUUGUAAUUGUUAUUUUAAUUUAAAUAUUUUUCUCACAUUUUAUUCAUAUGCAUGACGAACGUAUGUGAUGCCUUGUGCCUUCACAUGACGUAUAUCAGUUGCGGUUAUCACUAAUGCAGAACCGCACGCCGCUCCGUUGUGCGAGAGAGACAGCGCUAUGGACGUAACCAUCCUUCACACACUUGACGUAAAUAUUAAAUAUCCAUUAUUUUUUUUAUAAUUAUUGUUCUUCGAACCAAUCGUUUUGGUGCGUAUCGGGCAUGUAAUGCUUUUCGUGUUAGGGGGCCACCUUUCUUUAUUUCGGCCCUACGCCACUUGUGCUUUUAAAAAUAAUUAUGAACAUUUUAUGUAUGACUAUGUGGGUAGAUGCGACAAAAUAUAUCGAGAAAUAAUGACAAUAUUCAAGGUGAUAACAGUGUCAAAAAUAAGGGGCCAAUAUAGUUCAGAGAGUUCCGGCUACUCUCCAACACUUGAUCAAAAAGUGUUCAGAUAGUUUUAUCACAUUAACUGUACCCUUAUAUUUGCCGUUGCAUAUUACCAAAAAGAAAACUCAAAUCUAAUUCAGUAAAUUAACUUGAAAAAACGCGGCGUACAUGAGCCUAUUUUUACAUUUAAAAUUGUUUUGUUAUUGUUAUUAUAGAUGGCGUUACUGGUACAUAAAUUAGAGAGGCUUUAGUAUUGUGUAUUUGGUGUUUGAGACGGCAAUAUAAACUCGAGCAGUAUUUUCGUGGAUAUUGUAAUGAUACUUAAAUAUAAGAAACAUAACUAUCGAUUGAGAGGGACAGGCAGUUGUCCGUCAAAAUUAUGGGUAAAGUAAUUGUGUGCACUUUACAGCGUUUUUUUAAAGUUAAACUACUGGUUGUAAUGUUUUAACUGCCCGCAUAGUUAUAUAUAUACAUUAUUAUUAGGUAAUCAAACAAAAUAUUAUAAUGUAUGUUAGCUACUUAUGUAAAGUUAAGUAUACUCGCCUACACCUUUUUUAAAUUAUUUCCAGUUAAUUGGGACGUAACUAUUAUUUUGACAGGUUUUAGGGUUCCUCAAAUGUCACAAAUAAUGUAAAAGGCUGGACCGUAUCAGGAUAAAAGCGAAUUUAACCUUUUCGACGCCAACGACGGAUUAAUCCGUCACAGACCAAAAUAGACCUAUACAUAUGCGUGCAUAAAAUUCAACUUCGGUUUUGACACUACGGUGACGUGGCGUCCGAGUGGCAGCUUUUGCGUUUGACACGGCGUCGAAAAGGUUAAGUACCUUUCUAUGUUAACUUGAUGAGAGUGACCUGAUAGUCAUACUACAUCCUUUAACAUCGCUGGUUGAUAUGAGUAAUAAAAUCUACAAAACACACUCUUACUAACAAAAGUUUACAAAUGCAAGAGAAUAUCCUGAACCAUGUGAUGUUCCUUUCACCGCUAUAAGGUAUCUUUAUUCGUGGAACGUCACAUAUAGGCCACGAAUGCUGACAUAUGGUCUACCGGUUAAUUGGAGGUUUAAAGCCUUUGGACUCAUAGACGACGUAUCUCGUCCAAAUAAUAUCUAACGACAACGUAAGGGUUAAAAUUAGAGAUGCAACGGAUAGUUGUUUGGCCGGAUACCGGAUAUUCGGCCUGACCAUCGGCCGAAUAUCCGGUAUCCGGCCGCCGGAACUAUAUCUACAUUUCGGUUUUUCAGGUGCGCAUUCUGCAGGUUUGACCUGUUUCCUAGUAAACGUUCGCGCGGACACAUUUCUAGGUACGAAAUGAGUGCGCGUGCAAGUCAGUGGAAUGAUUAAAUAUAGUAAAAUAAAGGCGGGAUACCGGAUAGUAACCGGAUAUCCGGUGCAUCUCUAAUUAAAAUAUCAGUCCAGCCUAACCCACUCAGGUGCAGAACCCUAAAACAUUUGCUUGCUAUAAGUACAUCCACAAGAGAUUGUACAUUUUGUUAUAAGGAGAUCAUUUAAAGCUAUAUUUUUUAUUAUUUUUAUUUUUUAAGGGCAGUAUGAAUAUUUGAAAAAAUAUAUGACAAUCAUGGCAUUUACAGCUGAAUCGUAAUAUAUUUUAAGAUUUAUUUUUGUAUUACUUUAAGUUAAUAUUAUAAAUAUGAAUUAAUUUCAUUCGUACAUUUUAGUGCAUGCUUCGUCAGAUAAUUGUUUUAAUUUUCGUAAAUCGGUUUUGUUGUAUUGAUUGAAAAUUAACCGGUUAAUGUUAGCUUGAUAACCGGUUUUCCUUAACAUUUAAUUUGGAGGCAUUACAAGGGUUUUGUUUUAUAUCGUGAUAUUUUAUGUAGUCUCGAGAUUUAGUGGCUAUCAUUACGUAAAAAUGACCUUGAUAACACCUUAGCGGUGAAAUAAGAAUUACGUAUAAUCAAUUUAAUUCGACAAUAGUACAUUAGUGAUUUAAAAAAUAUGCAAAAAAUACUUACGAUAUUACCGAAGAGAAUUUGAAAUAGAGAGUUACUGUCAUGGUAAAUUAUGUAGCUACAGUACAUUUACUGCCAUCUUUCGACAGAAGAUUAAAAUUGUUAGAACGCCAUUUGACUUUCAUCAUUAUUCUUUCUCAGAUAUGUGUUAACUUGAUAAAUAUUAAUAUUAACGCCAUCUACUCGAGAGUAGGCCAAAGGUAUGGUGCAACCUUUUCGAGCGAUGGCGCCAUAACUUUUGGCCUACAUUGGAGUAGAUGGCGUUUAUUUCAAUAUUUAAUAAAUUAACACAUAACGGUGAAAGAAUAAGGAUCAAAGUCAAAUGGCGUUCUAACAGUUUUAAUGUUACGUCGAAAGAUGGCAGUAAAUUUACAGUGUCUAAUUUACUUUGACAAUCCGCCUCUAUACACUCUAUUCUCUUUGAUAUUACUAUAACAAUUCAGAUAUUCAUACUGUCAGAAUCAAUUUGACAUUACCUAGAUGGAUCUAGAGUUUGUAAAAUGACAAGUUGUUUGAUGUUAAGGUGCUACACGCACCUAGGUAUGUGUAAAGUUGACUUGGGAGGCGCCAUUUUUUAAAUAAAAUAAAGUUUCUUAACUGGUUAAAUAUCACUGAAUUAAAUCUUGUUACUGACAUAAGCGACACAUGCAUUUUGAAUUAUAUAAAAUUAAUGAAUACCUGACGUAUUUCUUUCUUUUUUUCUGUGUAGUUAAUAUGUUAUUUACUAAUAAGAUGUACUUUAGUUUUUGGUGACGUAUUUGCAUUUUUAACCUUUUGAACGCGCAUCCAUUUGCCGCCACUGACGCCACGGGGGCAAAAUUUAGUUUUUUUAAUAAAUAAUGCCAACCUAAAUGUGGGGUGUUGUUCAGUAGAUAUUCAUCAAAAAACGAUCGAGAUCAAAUGCAGUUUUUGGCGUCGUUGUCAUGAUUUUGCGUUGACGUCAAUUGCCGUCAGUGGCGUUCAAAAGGUUAACCGACUUCUUAAAAGAGUAGGUUAUGACUUCGACCGUAUUAUUUUUGUUUUGUUAAUGUAUAUGCGAACUUAAAAAUGGCGCCCUCGACGAAACUGUAGUUUAAAUAUCGACACCGGCAUUGCAAUUUUAUUGUACUUUUAAUGAAAUAAAUUAUUAGUUUAAA